AUGAGAGCUAAGAUCUAUCCAUUACGUGGGAGUUCAAUUGACAUUCAUCCGAAUGCUCGAUGGCAACAAGACGGUAUCACUGUGGCUGGAGGAAAUCGACAGGGCAAUGAAACCAAUCAACUCUCAAAUCCAUUGGGUUUGUAUGUUGAUGAUGAUCAAACAAUCUAUGUUGCUGAUGAAUUAAAUCAUCGUAUUGUGGAAUGGAAACGAGGUGCAACGAGUGGCCAAGUGGUUGCCGGUGGAAAUGGACGAGGAAGUGGAGAUCAUCAAUUGAAUUACCCACAAGAUGUGAUUAUCGACAAAGAGAGAGAUAGUCUCAUCAUCUCCGAUCGUUCGAAUAGAAGAGUGGUUCGAUGGUCUCGUCGAAAUGGGACAAGUGGAGAAACAAUCCUCUCCAACAUCUUAUGUGUGGGUUUGACAAUGGACGAGAAUGGAUCUCUCUAUGUCAUUGACUAUGGAAAAAAUGAAGUGAGACGAUAUCGAAGAGGAGAAUCUCAAGGAACAGUGGUUGCAGGUGGCAAUGGAAGUGGAAAUCGUCUCGAUCAACUCUAUGGCCCACGAUACGUAUUCGUUGAUCGAGAUCAUUCAGUGUACGUAUCUGAAGGGGGAAAUGAUCGUGUGACGAAAUGGAUGAAAGGUGCAAAACAAGGCAUUGUCGUGGCCGGUGGUCAAGGACAAGGAAAUGGUCUUACACAAUUUUCAUCUCCUCGGGGAGUCGUUGUCGAUCAAUUGGGCACUGUCUAUGUGGCUGAUGCAGCGAAUAAUCGAAUCAUGCGUUGGCCUAAAGGAGCCACACAAGGAAUAGUCACUGUUGGUAGAAACAGUAGUGGAGGACAAUCGAACCAACUCAAUGGACCCGUCGGUGUUCUUGGUCUUCUUGUAUUAAUUUCAUUAUGUCAGUCAAUGACUUUGUCAAGAAUCCGACGACAACCGCAACACGAUCCUGAUGCUGAUUUCAAUAUCACACAAUUGAUUCAAAGUAAAGGUUAUCCAUGUGAAGAACAUAAAGUGAUUACAAAAGAUGGAUAUAUUCUUGGUGUUUUUCGUAUUCCACACGGUCGAAAAUCAUCAUCACCAGGUCGACCUGUUCUUCUUCAACAUGGUUUAAUCGAUUCAGCAGCAACAUGGGUAAUGAAUUUUCCGGAUCAAAGCCUUGGAUUUAUGCUUGCCGAUGCUGGUUAUGAUGUUUGGCUUGGUAAUGUUCGUGGAAAUUAUUAUUCACGUGCUCAUGUCAAAUACAAUCCUGAUCAUGAUACAGAAUUCUGGAAUUUUAGUUGGGAUGAUAUGGCAAGAGAUGAUCUUCCAUCAAUGAUUUAUUACAUUUUAAAUGUCACACAACAGACACAAAUCAGUUAUGUCGGCCAUUCACAGGGUACUCUGAUUGGUUUUGCUCAAUUUGGAGGUUUGAGUAAUAUUGUUCAAAAUAAUGUUAGUUUUUUUGGCGCUCUGGCCCCUGUUGCCCACAUAACACAUAUAAAAUCACCAUUAAAACAUUUAUUCAAUACUCUAAUGGGUCCUGAAAGUUUUUGGCACUUGUUAUUUGGUAAUAAAGAGUUCCUUGCAUCAUCAAAUAGUAUCAAAUGGUUGGCAAAACAUGCAUGUGGAAAUGUUAUAUUGAAUCCAUUGAUUUGUGAAAAUGUUCUAUUUAUUUUAUGUGGACCAGACAACAAAAAUCUGAAUGCUACACGAACGGAAGUUUAUAUAUCACAUGAACCGGAUGGAACAUCUGUAAAAAAUAUGAUUCAUUUUGCACAAAUGUUUCUUUCAAAACAAUUUCAAGCAUAUGAUUAUGGUUCAGCAGAUAAAAAUCGAUUACAUUACAAUCAAACAACUCCACCAAUAUAUUCUAUUCGUCCAAUGAAAGUACCAACAGCGAUAUUUUCGUCAGGUGAAGAUUGGCUAGCUGAUCCGGAAGAUGUUGCUUUUAUUUUGGAUAAUAUCCAGAAUUUAGUCUAUAAGAAAUAUAUACCAGAUUAUAAUCAUCUUGAUUUUGUAUGGGCUCUAACGGCAAAUAAAGUUAUCUAUCAAGAUUUAAUUAAUCAAAUGCAAAAAUAUCAUCCGUCAAAAUAA